ACAAUGAGCUGGUUCGAGAAGGCCAAAACGGUGCUGAUCGAGGCGCUGGACAUUCAGGAUGACGACAGCAAGGCGGAAAAGGGGGACUUGGAGUCGCCAGGAGCAGCGGCGGAGGGUGGCGUUGCAGCUGGUAAUACCACAUCCACGGAGGCACAUCCACUCCCAACCACGCCCCCCUCCGAAACGCCCACUUUCUUUGACAAUCCGCAUGCCAACGAGAUGGUCACCAUUCCGCCCACGCCCACUUCUACAUCCGCCUAUGGAAAGCGCCAGUCGGCCACCUCGGACUCGGUGGAUCUGCUCUCCUCCUCGCCCACGUCGCCCACGACGCCAAUCUCGCCCAGCGGCGACGUGGUGGCCAAAUGCAUGUCCGAAUCCUCGCUAGAACUCAUAACCGCCACGACGGCCAGCGAAAUGGAGAUGUCCCCGGACACGGAGCCCUCGCUGCCGGACAGCAUUGUGAUCAUCGCCAGCAACGAUACAUCGGACAAUGCAGAGGGCGAUGGCGAGGAUGAGGAGGAGGAGAGGCACCUGGAGGAUCACUUAAACGAUUCCACUAAAACCAUGAAAGCUUUGGUUUUGAGUGACAUUCAGGCCACUGGAACUGCCGAUUCCGAUUCCACGCAGAGCUUCGAGGACAUCCAGCUGCAGAUGAGCCGCCAGCCGCCCGCAGCCGCCAAGCCCGAUCAGAGCUACUCCUCCACCUCCUCGGACAUUGAGAUCAUCUCGAAUCCGAACGGUGACUCCAGCACGAAUAGCACCACCACGCGCACCAGUCCGCAGAAAUUCAAGGAGCAUCUAGCGGCGGCGGCGGCAUCGGCGGCACCUGGAAAGACUCUUCCCAAGUCAAAGGGCCAUCAUCGCGAGCCCUCGGAGAUCUCUCUCCUCUCGGAGGACUCGCAAUCGGAGCUGGACAAGCUGGUGCAGCGGAUCAGCGAGCUGAACCAGGUGAUUGAGGCGCGCGAGCAGCGUUUGCUGCAGUCGGAGCGCCAGAAUGCCGAGCUACUCGAGCGCAAUCAGGAAUUGCGCGAAGCGGUGGCCAAUAAUGCCAACAGUCCCGAGGCAGCGGAGGCAGUGCAGCGUCUUUCUGCCUUGGAGAAGAAAUUCCAGGCCAGCAUACGCGAACGCGACGCGCUGCGCAUUCAAAUGAAGAGCCUGCGGGACGAACUUCAAAACAAGAUACCCAAAGACGAGCUAGCCGAGUGCAAUGAGAUGAUCGCCGGGCUGCAGUCCGAGGGCGAGAAGCUCUCCAAGGAGAUCCUGCAGCAAUCGAACAUCAUCAAGAAGCUGCGCGCCAAGGAGAAGACCUCCGAUACGCUGCUCAAAAAGAACGGCGAGCAGAUCUCGCUGCUGUCCAGCGAAUCGGAGCGUUUGAAGAAAUCGCUGGCCGCCAAGGAGGAGAUGGAGCGCUCGCAAAUCGAGGCCGUUUGCCGGAUGACGGCGGACAAAAAGCGCGUCGACGAGGAGAACGCCGAUGGCCGCAGUCGCAUCGAGGAUCUGCAAUCCCGUUUGGCCGCCCUGCAGGCCAGUUUCGAUGGUCUGAAGGGCGAUCUGCAGAAGCGCACGCGUCACGAACAGGACAGCCUGCGCGCCGAGCAGCAGGAGUACGUCCAGCAGGUCGCCGAUCUGCGCGAGAAGCUCCGACUGGCGGAGCAUAGCCUGGCCAGAAAAGAGCAACAGUUGCGCGAGGAGAAUCGCCAGCUGUUGCAUCGCCUGGAGGCGGCCGAGCUGCGAGCGGAGAGCUCCACGCAGGAGCUGGGCGCCACCACCACGCCGCUCAUCCGUCAGAUUGAAUCGCUGCAGCGAUCUUUGGAUCAGCGUACGGCUGGAUGGAAUCGCGAGGAGCAGCAGCUGCUACAGAAGCUGGAUGACUCGCAACUGCAGCUGCGCUCGCUGCAGCAACUGGAAUCGGUGCAGGGCGAGAAGCAGGAGCUGCUGCGCACCCGCUGCGGCCUGCUGGAGGAGAAGCUAUCGAAUGCGCUGAUGGAGGCGGAGGCCGCCAAGAUGGCACUGCGUCAGCAUGAUUUGGACCGGGACACCAAGGAGUUGGAGCACAAGAGACAACUCAGCCGCCUGCAGGAGGAGCUUGAGCAGCAACGGGAGCAGUUAAGCCAGCUGGAGCAGCAGUGCCAGCUAGCGAAGGCCGAGGCGGAGCAGGGCAAACAGCCCAGCCUGCUGACCGUGGAGGCGGUGAAGGCGGCGGCCAGCAGCAGCGAGCAGUUGCAGCUGCCCAAAUCGCCGCCGCUCAGCCUGGCGGAUGAGAGUGGCUCCAAUGAGGAGCACCUGGGCGGCAUCAUCGACUGGCAGGCGGACGACCUCGAUUGUGCCUCCAAUUCGGGCCGCCAGCCAUCGGGCAUCGUUCAGGGCGUCCAUCUGAGCUUUCUGGCGGCCAACACCAGCACUUUCGAGCACCUGCAGGCCCUGCUGAAGCAGCGCGACGGCGAGCUGAGCCAUUUGCAGUGGGAACUAUCGCGACUGCAGGCCGAGCGCAGCGUACUCGACGGCGAGAUAUCCAGCCUGACCAUCGAACUGGAAACGAUGAAGGAGAAGCUGCAGGUGUACGAGGUGAUGGAGAAGGGCUACGAGGAUCUGCAGCAUCGCUACGAUGCCUUGCUUCAGAUGUACGGCGAGAAGGUGGAGCGCACCGAGGAACUGGAAUUGGACCUCACCGAGCUGAAGACGGCCUACAAGCUGCAGAUCGAUGAGCUUCUGGCCGCACCGCCGCCCAAUCUCCAGCGGCCGGCGAGGCAGACAUGAUUGCCGGAGCGCAGGAUCGUCUCCCUGCCCGAAUUGCCAUGUCUGCGCCGCUGAUCCGUCUCCCAUUCCCAUUCCCAGUUUGCAAAUGUAUUAUGCUUUAUAUAUACACUAUAUAGUCUGGGGGAAGCCACUGCAAUCCUCCCAAGAAAUAACGAUAAAACUAUGAUUUGCGUACGCUCCUAGUUACAUUAUGAAUUAUGAUCGAUUGUGAUAAUUUAAUUUAUACUUAUACAUAAAGUUAUCGUCUAUGACUAUGUACAAAACUGUUUCUGUUCCGAGCAGUUUGCCUCUUGCAAAUAAAAAUCAAAUCAAAUAUCA